UAAGUGAUGUACAUAUUGGCUGCCCUCCUCAUUUUUCUGGCCUCUACCUUUCUCACUUCACUUUCUCUCCUCCCCAAACCGCCCCACCUGGUAGCCUUUUCUUUCUCACUCUAAACCCAAUGUCUCUGAAAUUAUUCUUUUAUUUUUCAUGGCACCAUACAUUUUACUUCCAGUUACCAUAUUUUCAAAUGCUUCAUUCCUUUUUCUUGUUUCUUUUUACUACCAAACCAUGAAUCUUAGUUUGGUAAGUUCCCCCAAAUUCUGUGUCCUUCUAAAGUUGAAGCUGGUCCCUGCGUGUAUACCAAUUGAUUCAAAUGAAUGCUUUCCUAGUUUUUGUUUAUAUUCUAAUGAGAUUGAAUCCACUUUUCAGGCGUGUUGCUUUCCAUUCAAAUUAGGGUACAUAAUUCUUUGAUUCCAUAACUUUUUUAUCAAAAUUCAGAUAUCCUCAUAAAAGCCACAUUUUUUUUUAAUUAUCAAAACAAGUUAGCAUUUUCUAGUUUGCUUGUCGUAAGGGAAUUAUGAUCAGAAGUUAAAAUCCAUAUGAGCAAAAAUCAUGCAGGUUCUGUUGCUCCUGUGAUGUUGCAUUUGACAAAAAGGGUUGUUCUUCUGAAAUGUUUGUUUUUAGUACUUGGGCUUGUAACUAUGGCUAUCAUUCACAUAUGAAUUAGGAUUUCUAAUCAAAAUGGAAAUGAGCUAGGUGAGAUUUCUCAAACAAAGAUUUUGGUUUCCUCAAUUCUAGCUUUGGUUGGUUCUCUUGGUCAUUAAUGAGACGCAUUUUGGUUCUAUUUGCUGCUUGGUACUAAGUGACAGGUGAACUAUUCUCACUGCGUGCUCCAAAUAGAGUUCCUCCUUUCAACAUAUGACAUCCCUAAUGCUGUCUUCAUUGCUGAAGAUUUGAGUCGUCUUAGCAAUUUUAGAAAAACAUCAAACAGACCUUAACAUUUGUAAGCAUGGUCACUGUGAUUUUAUUGGCCUGUUAACUCUUUCUGGGAUUCAUCUAACUAACAGGUUCCUGGUGUUUUUGUGAUAUAGAUAAUGGAAGAAAAAGACAGGCAAUACAUGAAUUACAAACUUUAAAACUUAUGACAAAAUGACAUUUCAAAAAAAAAAAACUUAUGUCAAAAUGUCUAAAAAGUCAGUACUGAGUGGGGAUGGGAGAGUUGUUCUUUUUAGCACCCUUUAGCGUUUUAUUUGUUUUUUUUACUCUAUUAUGUGCACUCUAGUGUUAUUAUGUGAUGCGAAAGGAGUGUUUUCAUUCAACAGAUGUGUAAUCCGGUUCAGUGAUAAACCAGAUGGGGAUGUCUCACCCAGAGAAUGUGCUGGAACAAUCGGCUGAUGGAUGUGAAGGAAGCCAACUGGUUUCAACUUGCCAAAAGCAUGAGUAUGAUCAAGAAGGUGAUCUUAUUUUGAGUCGCCGAAGGAGUCGCAAAAAGGAUAAACAAACUAUGUGCCAUUCAAUUGUUAUCCAGCAUAAGACUACAUCUUCAAUCCCCAAUGUCGGAUUGCAGGUGUGGAGUACUGCAUUAAUGUUGGCAGAUUUUGUUCUGCAUACCAUUUUCACAUCAUCAGAUUUUAAUGAUGCUAUUGUGUUAGAACUCGGGGCGGGAACAGGACUGGUGGGAAUCUUACUAGCACGUGUUGCAAGGUCUGUAUAUUUAACAGAUAUUGAUGAAGAAAUCCUGGAAAACUGUUCCACUAAUGUCCAUCUUAACUCAAAGAUGUACCUGCAUGGUGAAAGUUCUAUUCAUGUACGUGAACUUAAUUGGAAUAAUUCGUGGCCCCCUGAGGUUCACUGUUGUGAUGACCCAUCUCUUAGGACCAAAUAUUCAUGGUCUUUGUCUGAGAUCCAAGAGGUCGAAGGGGCAUUAGUGCUUUUAGCAGCUGAUGUGAUCUAUAGUGAUGAUUUGACCCACUCAUUCUUUGAUACGGUGGGGAAAUUAAUGGAACAAGGUUCAAGAAAGGUUUUAUACUUGUGCUUAGAGAAGCGGUACAACUUCAGCCUUGAUGAGCUUGAUGUUGUUGCCAAUGGAUAUUCACAUUUUCGGAAAUAUUUCAUAGAUGAGGAAGAUUACAACUCGACAAAUGGAAGCAUUAUGCCUUGUUUCAUAGGCAGACGCAUUGACAUAUCUCAAAUACCACAGUUUAUACCGGAGUACAGUCGAGGAGAGGAUUUGGAACUAUGGAAGAUACACAGGUUUCAUUAAAUGCCAUCUGAAUUAUGCAUCUGGAUAUAACGACAUGUUUCAAGACGGGAUUAAUGAAGUUCUAGUUGUAUCAUUUCUUGCAAUUCAACCCUGAAACAAAUUUAAGGCAGCAUAUGUGGAAAUGUGCUUUGCUUUAUGACAUGCAUUUGGCAGCA